AUGACAGUUGAAUGGCGAACUUGUCUUGAACAUUGUGACCAGGUGCUCCCGACCAAACCGAUGGCCCCAGUUCCCCACCGCGAGAUCAUUUGCAGCUUUCUGUCUUGCCUUAGCGUCUUCUGUACCGAAAGACCGACCGACCGACCGACAGCCCCGGUGUUGAACACGCGACGGGAUGGAAUGGGAUGGGACGGGAAGACAUGUGCAGCUGUACGAAGUGUGGAAGUGGUAUUCAAUCGUGUCCAUCAUGUCAAUCGCUUCUGUCUCGUUGUCGUCACGUCGUCACACUCGGCUAGCUCACCUGCCACCAGGCCGCUACCUCAUGGCCGACCUCCUAACCCCUGCUCGUGCACAACUUGCUUAUGUCUACCGAGUACGGAGUAUUAG